AUGAUGGAGUUGUUGACAUUGGAAUCAUUUAUUCCAAUGCUUGAGCCUUAUGCCAAUAAAGAGUUGCUCACGCCUGCGGAGUCGUUGCAAUUGACCCUUCUUAUCACUGAACUAUUGGUUGACAACUAUGUUGAUUUCAGGCUCCUCAAGUUCCUUUCCCGUUAUUUUACACAGCAAUCAUACGACGAUGUUGUUGAGGAGCGUAACAUCGAACAUGAAUGUGGCUAUGUUUUGUGUAACAAUCAGCCAAAGCUGUUGGUGAGAAGGUUGAGUUCACAUAGUAAUGGCACAACACCAGCAUCGAUGCAUGAUACAGGUGUUUCAACUCAUUACCAAAUAUCUAAUAGGAAGCCAUCCAUAAUAUUACCCAAUACGUAUUUGAGUCAAUAUUGCUGUAAAGAACAUUACCAAGCAAGCAUAUUCUACAAGAAUCAAUUAUCCAAUGAAGCGUUGUUUGCGAGGAAAAACAUUAUGGUGACAGCACCAUUUGAAGGGAGAGGAAAUUAUUAUGAAAAUGGUAUCACAUGUUUAGAGGAAGUUAUUGCAAAGCACAGAGAAUUGAAACCGGAAGGCAAGUCCAUGGCCGAGGUGAUUGUGAUGAUGAAUGGUUUAAGUGUUGGAGAACAAGACACAAGUGAAGAGACUAACAGGUUGAUUAAAAUGAUUGAAGAUUUUGAGAUUGUUGAGAAAGAUGGAGAUGAAGAUGUAGAAGCGGCAGCAGAGGCGGAAUCAGAAAAAGAGUUGCACAGAGCUAACGGGCGUUUUAAUAAUCAAUUCAGCCAAAGCUUUAAGAGUAAUGGACGCGCGCCGGUGCUCAACGAUAAGUUGUUUAAAGCGAUUGAUGGCUAUGGAACUGGUGCGGAUGAUGAUGAUGACGAUGAUGAUGACGAUGGUACUGGCGCUGAUGCUGAUGCUGAUGGUGGCAAUGGUGAUGAUCAAGAUGAAGAAGGGAACAACAAGUUUUUGUAUAGAAAUAUCGAAGGUUACGUUACAUCAAACAAAAGUUUUGGGGGAUAUGUCGUAUAG